AUGACUACAAUGAAUAAUAAUGAUCGAUCAAACCAUUGCCAUCAUCUCUUCUGGCUACUUUUUUUCGUAGCGAAUGCUACCUGCAUUAAUGGUCUUGCGAACAAUGAAGGUACAAAUUCAACAUCAGUAUUCUUUCGAUGGUCUGGAGGAUUUGGUCGAAAUUUUCAAGAAACUCGUUGUGCUACCGAUCAAUCAUCAGAAGAUCCUUCUAAUAAUCUUCCUGAUGUCUAUCCUGAAAUGCGAGAUGCUGUGUACUUUCCCCCUGCUAAUAAUGGCAGCCGAGGAAACCGUUGUCCAAGCAAUUCUUCUGUGUUUGUCUACAAUUCACAAACACGUCGUGUUCAUCUUGUGAGUAAUCAGCACUGCAUUGUUGUCAACGAAAAAUCGUAUCAUUAUCUUGCAACUAAAGAUUAUCCAACUGUCAAUUACUUGAAAUCAAUUGCUUGUAACCGUGCCGCAACAGACGCGGAAAUGAGUUAUCGUAUUUGGGGCAGUGAAUUUCGUUUGAUUCGCGAUGACAGCAAUAAGAAAAAGCUUGUUCUUCAAUUUAUUUCGCCGGUAGAUGGACAUGAAUACACAAUAUAUAUCCGCGGCGACAUACUCAUUGCAGUUGACAGCAAUGAUGAAGUUCGAAAAGUGCUAGAUCAAUUACGAGAACCAACUUUAGAGAUUAUUGAAGAUAUUACAGAUCAAUGGUAA